CCAUGGUGUCCGUUAUGAACACGGUGGACACCUCCCAUGAGGACAUGAUUCACGACGCACAGAUGGAUUACUAUGGCACCCGCCUGGCCACCUGCUCCUCGGACAGGUCCGUCAAGAUCUUCGAUGUGCGCAAUGGUGGACAGAUCCUGGUCGCCGACCUCCGGGGGCAUGAGGGGCCAGUGUGGCAGGUGGCCUGGGCCCAUCCCAUGUACGGCAGCAUCCUGGCGUCUUGUUCCUAUGACCGCAAGGUCAUCAUCUGGAAGGAGGAGAAUGGCACCUGGGAAAAGAGCCACGAGCACCUGGGGCACGACUCCUCAGUUAACUCCGUGUGCUGGGCCCCCCACGACUAUGGACUGCUCCUGGCCUGUGGAAGCUCCGACGGGGCCAUCUCCCUCCUGGCCUACAGCGGGGAAGGCCAGUGGGAAGUGAAGAAGAUUAACAAUGCUCACACUAUUGGCUGCAAUGCUGUGAGCUGGGCGCCAGCGGUGGUGCCGGGGAGCCUCAUCGACCAGCCAUCGGGGCAGAAACCCAGCUACAUCAAGAAGUUUGCUUCAGGCGGCUGUGACAACCUCAUCAAGUUGUGGAAGGAAGAGGAGGACGGCCAGUGGAAGGAGGAGCAGAAGCUGGAAGCACACAGUGACUGGGUCCGGGAUGUGGCGUGGGCCCCAUCCAUCGGGCUGCCCACGAGCACCAUCGCCAGCUGCUCCCAGGACGGCCGCGUGUUCAUCUGGACCUGUGACGAUGCUGCCAGCAACACAUGGUGCCCCAAACUGCUGCACAAGUUCAACGACGUGGUGUGGCAUGUCAGCUGGUCCAUCACGGCCAACAUCCUGGCCGUCUCGGGUGGCGACAACAAGGUGACACUGUGGAAGGAAUCCGUGGACGGGCAGUGGGUAUGUAUCAGUGACGUGCACAAAGGCCAGGCCACCACCACGGCGCCCGAGAGCCAAAACGAGCAGUGAGCACCGUCCCGGGAGCAUGACCGUCCAGACCAACGUCUGAAGCCUCACAGGACCCAUUGGGCUUUACUCUUGGUCAGACGCAGCCAGGUCCUGGGGCAAGAGUGAUGAUGAUAGCUAUAUCUGCUUAUUUAAAAUAUUUUGACCAUUUUUUGUAUCUGGGUUCAAGCAUUAUUUGGAAGGCUUCAAGUCACUAAUAAACU